UUCUUUUCUGACUGAAGAAGUAUCGAAUGAUACUCAAGAUAGAAUUGUGAUUGUUUUGUUGUUAAACGAAAUACGAAUGCUCUUUACAAAAUUUCUAUGCAAAUCAAGAUCAAGAAAAGGAAGAGUAUCGCACUUUAGGUAGGAAUUUGAAACAAGGUAUUUUCCGAGUGUAAGAAGUGGCAAUUUGUUGAACUGGAGACGAAUUAGACUAUGCUUUGACUACUUUCCCUUUAAUUGGCCCUCUACUUACUGUGAAUAUGCAUUGGUAUGUAUGUUCAUGAUCAUGUUUUAGCUGCGUUGGCUGGUCAUUUAUAGACAUUAGUUGAUUCAAUUUGCAACUCAGAUUUGAUACAUUUCAAUUUUAUAGGUGAAAGAAUAUGUCUCAACACGAGUUGGUCUAAAGAGAGUGUGCCUUCUCAUUGACACGAAAUGGGGUAUGAAGCCUAGGGAUCAUGAGCUCAUCGAUAUGAUGGAAAGGUCUCAAACAAAAUACCAGAUUGUGUUAACAAAGACGGAUUUGGUAUUCCCAAUUGAUGUGGCACGCCGUGCAACGCAAAUUGAAGAGAGCCUCAAAGCAAAGAAGUCUGUUGUGCAGCCUGUGAUGAUGGUAAGCUCAAAAACUGGAGCUGGUUUCCAAUGUUUAAGAACGGCGCUUGCUAAGGUUGCUCGGUUUGCAAAAUUGUAGAAGAUUGGAGGCUGAACUGUUUUUUCGAAGUUAUCUGGCUAUCUAGCCAGCCAGUUUCAUCUUGCUUGACAAUAUUUGUAGAACGGAAAGGUAUCCAGUGGUAAAUGGUGUCUUUAAGGAAUUUAUUCUCCCAUUUUUCAAAACUGAAAGUCGGGAACGUGUGGAUUAAGAUUUUUUUCUGCUGAGUAUUCGUGGGAUCCUUUGGCAAAUUACUCCGUUUAUUUGGUGAGGAAAGUUACUUGCCUGUAUAUCUACUGACUAAUGUGGUGCACUCUAGCUCUUAACGUGGUUCGAAGGUUCUACUAAAUUUGUUGUCUGUGGUUCAGAUACUGUCAUGCCUUAUAUGUUGAUCGAAUCAACAUAUAAAAAGGGAUUUGGAUCCUUUGUGGUAAAUACUUUGUCAAACUCGAAAUAGUUGAUUAUUUACUAUGUGUCAGUGGGAAACCUGCAUAUAUUGUGAGUCCCUCUUGAAUUAAGUCAUCGGAAUCCAAG